UUUCUUUCAUCGUGACCUUGCGCGCAAAUCAACAGUCGUUUAAACCUUGCCUAGGAUAAUUAUUUUGUUUGUCAGUGCAAACUUUUAACUAACCAGAAGAAAGAUUACCUUUUGGGACUGAAGUAUUGCCGAUGUUUAUUAUUAUCAUUAAAGAUGGGUGGGCAUGUUAGUCGUGGUCGAGAUAAUCAAUCACUUAUUGACGAACUGGUGCAAAACGGUCUCACAUUAAACCCAGAGACUGAGCGUGCUCUACGUCUAGUCGACAGAGGGGGUUACUUCAGCGAAAAAAGCCCACGAGCAUACAUGGAUAUGGCGUGGAGGUCUGGUUCUCUCCAUCUUUCAGCACCCAGCAUCUACAUUGUAGCUCUCAAAAACCUCGAUAUCCAACCAGGAAAUUGCUUUUUAAAUGUUGGAAGUGGAACAGGAUACCUUAGUACAGUCAUUGGCUUGUUACUAGGAUACAAUGGCGUUAAUCAUGGUAUUGAGGUGAAUGAUUUCAACGUUAAUUUUUCACGUGAACACUUGGUGACAUUUUUGUCUGAAUGUGAUGCACCUUUCGAACGAUCUUUUUGUCCUCCGGUAUUCCUACAUGGGAAUAUUUUAGAUUUAGUCGUUCCCUCAGUCCAACAGCCGAUUAUGGUUGAAAGACUGAAUAAUUUCCAACAACCUUCUGAAAUGAUUCAAAAUAAUCUAGAUACUCAUUUAGAUAACAGUGUUAUUAAUCCUGAAGAUAUAUGGACUUCAGAAGGAAACCAAAAUCAUUCAUCGGACGCUACAAUGGAAGUAGAGGGGAAUGAUCAUGGCGUAAGCGAAAAUACCUAUCAAAAUGGUGAUCUGGAUACUACUAAUAAUGAUAAUAAUAAUAAUAAUGACAACGAAAGCGAAUCUGAUCCUAUCAAGUGGGAAGAAGAGUUUAUUGUUGGAUCGCCACCUUGGAUACACCCAGAUAGUAGUCAACCAUUAUGUGAUCAAACAGAUACAAACAUACCACGCUGGCCAGUAUAUGAUCGGAUAUAUGUGGGAGCUGCCGUUACUAGCCGUCUUCACUUACAAUCCAUACUACGAUUGCUCAAAGUCGGUGGUAUUCUAGUCGUUCCUUAUAGAGAUAAAAGAGUGAUGGUAGAUUGUCUAAUCGUUCCACUUGCUCAAAAAUACUUUCGUAUUCGGUCAUAUCCUCUGUAGUAACCCCAUAUACACUCGGAGCAUAAAGACCAAUUAAUCGAAUUUAAUGUCAUACAUUGAGUUGAGAUUACAGACUGAUACAAAAAGUUGUGUGAGUUUAUCCAACUUUUACGUGUGUAAUUAUUUUAGGUUAUAUUAUAUGCAUUCCCAUAUAACUAACUCGGAUCUUCUAUCCAUUUUAUGAAGAUCAAACGGAUAGAGGAAAAUAAAAUAACUGCAUCGGAAUUGAUGUCAGUUAGCUUUGCAACUCUUCUUCCAUCGAGAAUAGGUUCAGAGAAACAAGUCGAAUCGCCUCCUAAAGCAAAUGUGAUAUCAUUGGAACAACUAGCUGCUCGCAUAAUACGCAGCCUUCUUCGAAAUGUCAUCGAGUUUCGUCAUAAUGGUCCACCCAUACUUGGCCAUAUGGAAGAAGUAGAAGAAGAAGGGGAUGAUGAAGCAAAUACAAGCUGUGAUACAAAUGAAGAUUCUGAUACUUUGAUGAACAAUGCUGACAUAGAAGAACUUGAUGGAACAAGUAGGGAAAGUGGUGAAAGCGUGUUACAACCUAGAAUUCCAGGUUCACAAGACUGCUCAAUGGCUCGAUUUUUACGUUUAGCCUAUCUGCACUAUUUGAUAAAUCACGCUGAGAUAGGCCACGACAGAUCACAAGUUUCAAAUCAAAAUUCACAUACUGAAGAUACCAACUCAAACAGAACAAAUUCAAAUGAUGUGCAAAAUGAUACAACUGGAGAUGAAGCUUUAGAUGCAGAAACUGGAGGUUCUGACGAGACUGCAACAGAAAACCACAACAGUAAUCCACCUUAUCUACGAAUCGAUUUUUGCCGCUUUUUAAAUGGUGUUAGUAAUACUAUUAUUGGAACCUCUACUGGUUGUGAACAUAGUAACGAGGAUGAAGAUACCCAAAUCAAUGAAAUUCAAAAUACAAGUGCAUCUGUAGAUAACGAAUCCACAACUGAUGAACAUGUAAAGAACAAAUCUACACCUCACAAAAAACGAAAGAAAUAUUGUUGGGUUCCCCCAAGCUACACUUACAAAGAAGAAAUGGAACGUAUACUUUCUGAAGAAUUACGUUUUGGGAAGCCUUUAAUUCGAUCUGUGAUUACAUUGUGAAGUAGAUUACUUCAAACUUAUUUCAUCCUUUCAUUCAGAUAGAUCCUAUUCACAAAAAUUAGUUAUAAUGUCGUAAGGCAUGUUACCAAGUCUUUAUAAACUAUUUAUUUGUACUACGUAACUCCCUUGUUUUCUCCCAUAACUCAUCGACAAAUUUUUGAACUUUGUCAUGUUCUCUCAUCUUUUCAUGCAUGAAAAUAAUGUAGUUUAUGGAAAAUUUAUCUUUGAAUAGGAUGAUUAAGGAAAUUAAUUUCAUAUUACAAAUAUACUAUUCAA